AUGAGUGAUGUUGAACGUGACUUGUCGAGUGGAGUUGAAAAUGGGGGUGAAGGAGAAGGAUUGAGCAAUGUUGUGCCUCAAGAAAGAACAAGAAAGCAUAUUGAAGCGACAGCUGAUUCUGAGUCAGAUGAGGAGUUGGAUCCUGCUUUGGGCAAUGGAUUAGCGGCCGAUGAUGAUGAGGAAGGUGCUGGGGGAGCCGGUGUGUAUGGGGUAGUGGAUGAGGCUACGAGAAAGCGUCAGGAAUUGGAAGCGAGAAUGGAUAGUAUUUUGCAUAAGCCUAAGAAGAAGCGGACCAGGCAGGAUGAGGACGACUUGGAGCAGAUGCAGGACGAGCGGAUUCUCAGGUUGAAGGACGAGAUGAAUAUUGCUGCGCAGAAGGAUAUAGACACUUUGAAUGAGAGGCUAGAGAGCGGCAAUACGAGACUUGUAGCGAUGGAGAAGGUGAAGCUAUUGCCCAAGGUGGUGAAAGUGUUGUCGAAAGUGAACCUAGCAGACACGAUUUUGGAUAACAAUCUUCUACAGAGUGUGCGAAUCUGGCUUGAACCCUUGCCAGACGGAUCAUUGCCUGCGUUUGAGAUUCAGAAAUCGUUAUUCUCUGCUUUGGAUAACCUUCCAAUAAAGACGGAGCACUUGAAAGAGAGUGGGUUGGGCCGGGUUGUUAUCUUCUAUACAAAGUCCAAGAGAGUGGAGCAGAAAUUGGCGCGCUUGGCCGACAAGCUCAUUGCGGAAUGGACCAGACCAAUCAUUGGUGCUUCUGAUAACUAUAGAGAUAAGAGAGUUCUGAAACUCGAGUUUGAUGUGGAGAAGCACAGAAAGAAGACUAUAUUGGAUACUGCCAAGUCUAAGAAGAGAAAGAGUAAGCGUAAGGAGGUUGAUGAAGAAAAAUACAAGUCCGCAUAUGAACAGGCUGCUGCAAGGAGGAACAGAGCUGCUGCUCCUGCCCAAACCACAACAGACUACAAGUAUGCUCCUAUCAGUAAUAUUGAUGCCACAGGGAAGAACAUUGGUGUCGGGUCGUCAGUGGAUAGCAGCGAUCUCUACAAGAGGUUGAACUCGAGACUAAGCGGAAACAAGAACAAAAAGACCAACACUAGAUAG